GCUUACACAAAUGAGUUGGAGCUAGAAGUUGCCCAUUUAAUGGAAGAGAAUGCUAGACUAAAAAGACAGCAACAACAGCUAUGUUUAGCUGCAGCUGCCCAAGUUCCCAAAAAGCACAUUCUUCAUCGAACAUCAACAGCUCCAUUCUGAGAAAGAAAAGCUCUUUCUCUCUCUAGAGAUAUACAGAGAGGGGAGAGAGAGAGAGAGGGAUUUGUGGGUUGAUUGUAACCUUUUGAUGGGUGGGAGGCUGAAUCACUGUCACAGAUUGUAUGGGAUUUGUGGGUUUAAUUUGGAAAGACUAGGAGACAAAUGUAAACAUAACGUUUUUUGAAUUCCAAACAUGAAGGGAUUUUUGGUGGGUCUUCUGUUUGCUUGC